AUGUGCCUAUCAAUCCUUGCGUUUUGUUGUCUAGCAGCUGACUACUUCUUUUUUCGUUGUUCUAUUCAAAUUGCUCCAGUUAAGCAGAAACCCGUAACGACAGUGUUUGUUGGGAAUAUAUCCGAAAAAUGCAGUAAUGAAUUCAUGCAGCAGAUGCUACAAGAAUGUGGAACGGUCACAACAUGGAAACGAAUACAAGGCUCUAACGGCAAAUUUCAAGCAUUUGGAUUUUGCGAUUUUGAAGAGCCAGAAGGAACUUUGAGAGCCCUGCGGGUACUAAAUGACUUCCAGAUAGGCGAGAAAAAGCUGGUUGUUAAGGUAAGGCGCUUUUUUUCAGACAAAGAACUGUCAAACCCGGCGGAAGGUGUGGUGAAAAGUGGUUCCACAACUAUCCAACAAUUAGAGUGGUUUUGAGC